GCCAAAGUCAAAAGAGGCUCAAGCGACGACAUCGUGGCAUCCAAGCGCCUCACUGCGGUCGCGCAACACGUCCGUCAAGCAGCCACAAUGUCAACACCGACGCCUUGCAGAUGGCGCAAGCUUCUCAACGAAGCCGUCAACGAGAACAUGAAGCAGAACAAAGACUCGAUCUCCUACUGCUUCUCGACCGUCGAUACGUUGGAGUCGUCAUUCUCUGCAGGCCGUCCACGCUCUCGCUUUGUCGUUCAUCGAGGCUUUGUGAACGAGCGUCGGCCGAAAGAAGAGCGUUCAUGGUCGAAGAACAGCGCGGGCGACGAGCUCGAAGGCGACGAGGGAUGGACAGGCGAUGCUAUGCUGACCACAACGGAUGUUCGCGCGCCAAAAUCGCAGCAGAUCACAGCGCAUAAGGACGGAUGUCCCGUCGAGAUCGCCUGGUGGUUCGAGCCGACUGGCGAGCAGUUCAGGAUCCAGGGCCGAGCCUACAUCGUGUCACCGCCAGGACAUGCAAACGCACACAAAGGAUUUCCUGCGGCCCAGCUCGCGCCAUCCUCCGCAGGCUCACUAAAAGCAGAGAACUUCGAUUGGGAAUCGGAGCGACAACGCAUCUACCGCAAGCUUUCCCCUCCACUAAAAGCGAGUUUCAUUCGACCGACACCCGGUACGCCUCUGGAUGGCAAGAUCGAUCCAAAGGAUUUCCCAACCACCGUCGACUACGAUGAAGAGCCGGAACUAGUCAAAAAGGCGCUCGAGACAUUUGCUUUGAUUGUGAUUGAGCCUUACGAAGUGGAUAUGUGCAAGCUCAAGGUUGAGCCGAACGAGCGCUACGUAUGGAAGAAAUCACACGGCGAAUGGAAAGAGACUGCUGUUGUCCCUUGAAUACAACACGAUGCUCAUGCAACAGC